GCUCAAGAAAUAGCUCUUGUCUUGCCCGUUUAUUCAGUCACGAAACACUGAACAGACUGCACAAACAGUGGGUUCGUUUAUACCCGAACUCGAUCUUGACCUUGAACCGAGUUCUUGGGUUGUUCGUGGAUCCCCUUGAUACCAAACUGUUUGCAAUAAAUCUCAAUGUCGUGGCUGCCAAAUGUCGGAAUCACGCAUGCGUUGUGAGACGAGCGUCCGUUUUUACGAAGAAGUGGUCAGCAAUCCACAAAAAACCCGAUCACUAGGAGGUAACGCUACCUUUUCCUUCCGUUGCCGCUUCAAGUUUCUGUAGGUUCUGCCUCCCGGGCGCUUUGCAGGCCCAGUUCUAGAUCCCUGUUGAGAUUUUUCCCUCGGAAUGUCGGUUUUUUGUGUUUACUUUCAUCCUUUCACACAAAAACGGACGUGAAGGUUGACGACUUUCUUUCUUGGGUACUAGAUACCGAGCUGCUUCGCUAUCAACCACAAGAAACCCUUUACGCAUAGCUACUAGAAUAGGAUCAUUGAAUUUGAAGCACACCUUCAGGAAAAGAGUAUAUAUAAUCUCGUCAGAAAAGAUAAAGAAAAAGAUGAAAACGCGGCGGCUCUCUGUCUCUCCCCCGAGAGCCAAGCGGAAAAAGCGCUGAGGCGUCUUCUCUUGCACAGCUUUGCCUAUCUGCCAGCUUUGCUGUUGCAGGAAAGAUCAGGAUUUCGAUCUUGCCUCGAGACGGGUUUUUUCCCUCGCAGCUUUGGGCCAUCGAUUAAAGCUGGUUUUGUCCUGCAGUGAGGAAGAGCAAAUUUGGUUCUGCGUGCAGGAAGAAAAGCCGGCCACUUAGACGCGAAGGGCCCGCCGCACUUGUUAUCUGAGAAAAAUGGGCAUCCUCUUUUCAGCCUUCUCCGGCGGUCGCCGCAAGGACAUUCAGCUGCCAGAGUACUGAUGAUUUGGUUUGUUUCAUUAAUUUGUGAUCGUGUGAUAGGUACAUUCUUUGAGUAUAUGAUAUCAUGCUGAAGGUUCUACUCGAGGAAUGGAAACACGAACACCCAGCAUCGAAGAUGUUCUGACCCCCUACUUACCUUUACUAAAUUUGUUUCCUCUCCACGACCACAGGGUGUCCGCUCUUCACCUGGAGCUGCUGUCCCUGUACGCGUCUACGGUAACGGAAAUGAUGGGACUUCUCUUGCCACUCCCACUAACAAUACCUCAAGCUGCCGGGGCGAACAGCAAAAAUUCCCCUAACGAGGACACCGACAGUUCAACAUCCGCUUCGGAGAGCGGGGGUAACAAGGGUGGAAUAAAGACCAGUACAAACACGACAAUACAACAAGCACAAAAACAAAUUAUCCCGGUCGGCAAGGCGGUGAAGCAAAUUGGCGAGCGCACGUUGAAGCGCAGCGAGGUUACGAAUGACAGCGAAGUGUACCGGUUUUUCCACCGGACCAACCGACCACACCUGAUCUUCGUCUGCCACAAAAUCCAGGGGCAGCGAACGCCGCUGUUGGAUAGCAAAGGCUUGUACACGAAAUUCCUCGACGCGGCGCUGAACGUUUGUGAAGUAGUCUUCUUGCUGAGUGCCGUGCCCUCGGUGGAGUACUUCCACAGACUGUUGUCGGAGCAACCAACCCUGAACUGGCUGUUUCAGAGGAGGAGAAUCAUACCCAUAUUCGUACAAAAUUUCUGUUUGUUGAAGAAUGGUCGGUUGAGAAGCGGAGUGAUUUGGUUACGGGUUCUUGCCAUCUGGUCUUGAAGACCCUAUAAUGAAAUAUGUAAUUGAGUUAGGCAUACACAUAGGCAAGAGCAAGUUGUAGACAUGUAUUCGCUAUCCAGCCUGUCGCCCUCUUAAUGUCCUGGGUCUGAAUUAUCUGAGCUCAUCAGUAAGCUACUCACUGCAAAAACAAAAACAGGAGAGCAGCAACAAGCCAGAAACGACGGCUGACGGCAAAGUUGCAGAUGCUAAAAACUCGUCGAGUGGCACUUCCACAUCACAACAGCGGUACUGGGAGCCGCUGAUGGCCGACGCGUUGCAGGGCAAGCUCCCGAGUCUCGGCUCCUUUCAGUCCGACCUGAAAGUUGAGUUUGCCGCCGGAACACCGCAGGAAAUUUUCGUGGACAAAUUUCUCCUGCUGCUGAGUGACGCGGAGAAAAAACAUUCCGGAGGAGGAGAGGGGGAUACAGUGACCUAAUUCAUCUCGCUUCCCUGACGAGAAGGGAAAGUAACAGUAUAUGCGUUGAGAUGAAUAAAAUCCAAUGCGUUGGUUUGAUUUUCUGAAAUAGAGUCAAAACUACAUCAUCCGCAUUGAUGCGAUGCAGACAGAUUCAGCUCCGCUUUCUCGCUGUUGCCGCGCCGCGAACUUACUUUGUAUCUACAGAUUAUGUUUUGACGUCACUCGUACGUGAGAAUUUCCAUCAAGACUCUACUUCCAUUGAAACAAAGGACCCAGUGGUCUCAUAACGCUGUACAUUAUUGAUGUUGUGAAACAAUGCGAAAUGAACCCUGAGUAAAGUGCUCCGGAGGAGAUGACUACAGCGUUACUACUUGCCUACCAUUAUGUGGGACUUUGCACACGAUGAAGUUCCUUUUCGCGGUGGGCGAAGACGCUUCUUGAAUAUGAAUGUGUGUCAUUUUGGUUGAUAUGCGG